AUGAAAGUUUUUCCAUGGGAUGCUGCAAAAUAAGUCUAUGAAUGUUCCAUAAAUUUCAAACUUGAGAUAUUAAAGAAAAAAUUGGGAAUAGAUUACUGUGGCAAUGAUAGUUACUAGAAAAUCAUCAAUUGGUUUAAAUAAAUUAAAGAAGAUUAAGAAAAGAAGAAAAUUGAGUUUCAGAGAAAUAUGGAUGAUAUCAUUCCAAGAGUUGCUGAUAUAUCUAUUAAGCAAGAAUUCAUAGCUUCUCAAUUCAAGAGUUCUCUAAUAUCACAAGCAUAAACCUCUAAAAAGAGGAAUUAAAAGGAGAGACAUCAAUUUCAUGAUGAUUAAUAAGAAUUGAAAAUGUAUGCAAAUGAAUUCUAAAACUAUGAUAAUAUCUAAGCCAAUAAAAGAAGAAAGCUAAACAACCAGGGAGAGUUUAUCCUUCAAUAAACUUCCCCUUCUUUUUAAUAGUUAGCUCAAACCAUACAUCAAGAUAGCAUACAGCAUUUUACUAAUUCAUCAAAAUAUCAAUAGCCAAUAUUAUACCAUGAGUAAGCAUAGAACUUUGAGCUAUUUUCUAAAAGCUUUAAACAAUCCCAAAAUCAAGAUAUUUUCCUUUAAGACUAAAAGACAAUAAUUAAGGAAUAGAUUAAAAGUCCAUUGCCAAGAGGUAUUCUGGGUAAUUUUUCUCUAUUAUUAUCUUUAGGUAACUAAACUCAAUUAAAUAAGAUGAAUAAUGUGGAUAAAAAUGCUGAGAUUCACUCUCAUUAAUUGCAAUAGAUACCCAGCAAGAAAGGAGGGUAGAGUAAAAGAAGGAGAAAUUCUAAAAUGCAAGAUGGCUUAUAGACACCUAGGACAGGCUUAAAGGCCUCUAGUAGCCAAACAAAAAGUUAAGCCAGAACCAUGAAUAAGCAGGUUCUAAAAUAAGUAAAUAGAAAUCAUUAUUAGGAUUAGUUUGAUGUUCCAAAUGAGUUAAGCCCAAAAGCAGCUAUCAGAAAUUAGCUUAUGAGUAGAGUUGAUGAAGUUGAUGAAGAAUACAUACUUAAAUUUGAAAUGGAGCAACUUAAAUAAUCAAUCAGAGAUACAAUUGGCAAAUAAGGAAAAGUGCAAGAGUAGAGGCAAAGAAAGAUACUAGCUGAAUAUUUAGAGAUCACUGACACAAGAUACUCAAUGUGUGGGGAUACUGAGAACUACAAAUAGAAAGACAAAGGAAUCAGAAGAGGAGGAGAUAGACAGUAUUUUGUAGAAUAUCAAGUAUGGAGUAUCCCAGGAAUAUAGUCAAAAAGAAUACCUGCAUGGGCCUCUAAUGAAAAUGGACUAGCUGAAGUCAAUAGUUAUUAUCGCUAAAUGGUGAAGUCGAAGUAGAUGAAAGACCUUAAGAAGAUCUCUGAUAAGGAAAUUGACAAGUUUGUGGAGAAACUGAAAUCAUAGUAUCUCUGA